GUCCUACUGGAGCCUCUGCUACACCCGAAACGAGAAACAAAUUAUUCUCGAUCGUUUGGCUGCUGGCCACAGAGCACUUCGCCCCACAGCGCAUACCCUUCCUCCAUCUCUCACCACUCUCUCUCUCUCUCUCUCUCUGUCAAGUGUGCACGGAGAUCAUGGACAAUCCUCCGGCCGCGGCGGCGGCCGCCGCCAACAACGUGGCCAAUCCUCCGGCAGUGGCAGCGGCGGCCAACAACGUGGCCAAUCCUCCGGCGGCGGCACCUGCGGCUGCUCCAGCAGCGAAUGCCGCCGCCGCAGCGCGCGCCGCGCGGCACACCGCCUGGAAGAAGAAGGACAAGAAGGUUGCAAUCAUAUCUCUAGUCGUUCUGGCGAUCGUCCUGGUUCUGAUUGCGGUGCUGUGCCUCCAACCCUGGAAAAAGUAGAGAGCGUGGCGUGCUCUGAGUGCUUCUGUGGGAUCGAGGGACCUGAUCGUGUGCGUGGUUAAGGAGUACUACUACGUCCAACUUAUAUAUGCAGUUUGUUCUUCGUACCAUCUAUGUCUAGUUCAUUGUGGACCAAGUAAAAAUUCAGAUUGGUGUGCCGACGAUGAACGUGCAACAGCUGCUUAAUUAGAGCUCACUCAAGUCAGUACUGUGCUCUGAUAAUAUAUUUUUUCUUCGGACGUGCUUA